AUGUUUGUUAAAGAGGAGAAGAAAGUGACACACUCGUCGUCGGUUGUCAAGGCUGUUGCAUCCAAGGCUCUGGAUAUUGACUCCAUCGACAAAGACAAUGACCUUGCUGCUGUGGAGUAUGUUGAGGACAUGUACACGUUCUACAAACAAGUUGAGAACGAGAGCAAGCCUCUAAUGUAUAUGCAAACACAGCCUGAGAUUAACGAGAAGAUGAGAUCAAUUCUUAUUGACUGGCUUGUUGACGUUCACUUCAUGUUUGAUCUGUCCCCUGAGACUCUCUACCUCGCACUCAACCUGAUUGAUCGUUUCCUGUCUCUGAAAACUGUACAAGGAGGACAACUACAGCUUCUAGGUGUUACUGCUUUGCUCAUAGCUUCCAAGUACGAAGACAUGUGGCCUCCUCAGGUCGAUGAUUUGGCAUGUUUGACAGACGGCACUUACAGCAACAAGCAGAUACUAGUGAUGGAGGAAACCAUCUUGGCGAGUCUGGAGUGGCACUUGACAGUUCCAACACAGUACGUGUUCCUCGUGAGAUUCACCAAAGCUGCGGUUUCUGACGCGGAAGUGGAGAACAUGGUUCACUAUCUAGCUGAGUUGGGUUUGACGCAUUACGAGACUUUGAAGUUUCCUCCUUCUCUGCUCGCUGCUUCAGCAGUCUACACUGCAAGAUGCUUCUUGCACAAGGUCCCUGCUUGGACUGAUACUCUGAGAUUCCACACUGGCUACUCUGGAUUUGAGCUCAUGGAGUGCGCAAAGCGUUUAGCUUUCAUUCACUCGAGAGCUGGGGAGAGCAAGCUAGGAGCUGUGUUCAAGAAGUAUUCGAAAUCAGAACGAUGUGCUGUUGCUUUCAUUACUGAAGAAAGUCGUCACUUUUAG